AUGACGUGGCGUGAAGGUUCAAAUAAGCGAUCUAUGACAUGGCGUGAAGGCUCAAGUAAAAGAUCGUCCUCUGUGAGUUCAAGGCGAGAUUCAGAUAGAAGUUCCUCCAGAAUAAGUCGUAGUGAAUGGGAUACCACACCUACAACUUCAACUUCAAGAUUUUCAAUAGGUGGCCUUACUCCUCGAAGAGAUUACAAACCAUCUAGGGAUUUUCCGACCCCACGCCUCGCUUCCUUUGAUUAUGAUGAAAUGGAAUAUAGAAAUCGUCACAAUCAAGAAGAAGAAGAAGUUAUCAGCGAAAAUCGUGAUAGGCUUGAAUGGGAAGAGGAGCAAAAGCAGUUGGAUCGAGAGUGGUAUAAUAUUGAAGAAUCAUCUGGAGCCCUUGAUGAGGAGCACAAUCCUUUUGCAGAUUAUACAGAUUUUGUACAGAAAAAGGAAGAAGAACUUGCACAAAAACAACUUAAAAAGCUGACUGCAAGGCAGGAACAGUAUAACAAAGAUAAUGAGCUAUGGGAAACGAAUCGAAUGCUUACGAGUGGUAUUGUGCAACGAAGGGAAAUAGAUUUGGAUUUUGAGGAUGACUCAGAGGCUCGAGUCCAUUUACUCGUUCAUGACCUAAAACCACCUUUUCUUGAUGGACGUAUGGUGUUCACAAAACAAUUGGAAGCUGUGCAAUCCGUCAAGGAUCCUACUUCAGAUAUGUCUGUUUUUUCUAGAAAGGGAAGCCAGCUCGUAAGAGAAAAAAGAGAACAAAUUGAACGUCAAAAGGCUGCAAAAAACGUUGUCGAGGUUGCAGGCACUGCGCUUGGUAAUAUUAUGGGAAUUAAGCCAAGUGAAGAAGUUUCAACAGAACAAAAAAGAAAUGAUAUGGUGGAAAAUCCAAAAGGAGAUUCACAAUUUGCUUCUCAUUUGAAAGCGUCAGAAGCAGUUAGUAUUUUUUCAAGGUCAAAAACACUUCGUGAACAGCGUGAGUUUUUGCCUGCAUUUGCUGUUCGAGAAGAAUUGUUAAGAAUUAUAAGGGAUAAUCAGGUUGUUGUGGUUGUUGGUGAGACAGGUUCUGGGAAAACUACACAACUUACUCAAUACCUUCAUGAAGACGGAUAUAGCAAGUAUGGUAUCAUAGGUUGUACGCAACCUCGUCGUGUUGCUGCUAUGUCUGUCGCUAAACGUGUUAGUGAAGAGAUGGAGGUAAUAUUUUUUCUCGGUUACGCCAUUCGUUUCGAAGAUUGUACUUCAGAAAGCACAGUAAUCAAAUACGGUGUUAUGCUUCGUGAGUCACUUAAAGAGUCUGAUCUUGACCAUUACAGUGCAAUUAUUAUGGACGAAGCUCACGAACGUUCCCUUCAGACUGAUGUUUUAAUGGGUUUACUAAGACAAGUCCUUUCUCGUAGAAGAGACAUUAAGUUGAUCGUCACUUCUGCAACUAUGAAUGCUGAAAAGUUUUCACAGUUUUUCGGAAAUUGCCCGACCUUCACAAUACCUGGUCGUACAUUCCCUGUGGAGUUGAUGUUCAGUAAGACUCCUUGCGAAGAUUAUGUUGAUAGUGCUGUUAAGCAAGUGUUGGCGAUCCACUUGGGACAUCCCGCAGGUGACAUAUUGGUAUUUAUGACUGGACAGGAAGAUAUUGAGAUUACGUGUCAAGUGAUUGAAGAACGUCUACAGCAAUUGGAUAAUCCGCCCUCAUUAGCAAUUUUGCCAAUUUAUUCACAGUUGCCUGCUGACCUGCAAGCCAGAAUUUUUGAAAAGACAGCUGACAAUGCUCGAAAAGUAAUCGUGGCAACUAAUAUUGCUGAGACUUCUCUAACUGUUGACGGUAUAAUGUAUGUCGUCGAUACAGGAUAUAAUAAGCUUAAAGUGUUUAAUCCAAAAAUUGGUAUGGAUUCCUUACAGAUUACUCCAAUCAGUCAGGCAAAUGCGAAUCAAAGAUCGGGUAGAGCCGGGCGUACCGGCGCAGGAACUUGUUUCCGUCUCUACACAGAACAAGCCUAUCAUCACGAAAUGUUUAUGAAUACAAUACCUGAAAUUCAGCGUACAAACCUUGCAAAUGUAGUGCUUUUACUUAAAUCCUUGGGAGUAAAGAAUUUAUUGGAUUUUGAUUUCAUGGAUCCUCCACCUCAGGAUAACAUAUUGAAUUCAAUGUAUCAAUUGUGGAUUCUGGGUGCUUUGGAUAAUACCGGAGAGUUAACGUCUCUUGGUCGAAGGAUGGUUGAGUUUCCAUUAGAUCCUUCAUUAUCUAAAAUGUUAAUUAUGUCCGAGGAAUUAGGAUGUACGGCAGAAAUAUUGACAAUAGUGUCUAUGCUUUCGGUUCCGUCAGUAUUUUACCGGCCGAAAGAGAGAGUGGAACAGAGUGAUGCGGCUAGAGAAAAAUUUUUCGUACCUGAAAGUGACCAUUUAACACUUUUACAUGUUUAUACACAAUGGAAAUCUCAUGGUUUUCGGGAUGAAUGGUGUAUAAAACAUUUUAUUCAUUCUAAAGCUAUGAGAAAAGCUCAAGAAGUGAGAUCGCAAUUAAUGGAUAUUAUGAAAGCAGAGAAGAUGGAAAUAGUCUCUUGUGGCACUGAUUGGGAUGUAGUGCGGAAAUGUAUUUGUUCUGCAUACUUUCAUCAAGCUGCAAGAGUAAAGGGAAUUGGAGAAUAUGUAAAUUGUCGUACUGGCAUGCCUUGCCACCUUCACCCAACAAGUGCAUUAUACGGACUUGGGUAUACUCCUGAUUAUAUUGUUUAUCACGAAUUAGUAAUGACAUCUAAAGAAUAUAUGCAGUGUGUUACUGCUGUAGAUCCAUAUUGGUUAGCCGAAAUGGGACCCAUGUUUUAUUCAAAAGAGGAAGAGGUAGAAAAAGAACUGCAACGUAAAGCGACUUCAACACCUAAACGUUCUAGAAUUAUUCUACCCGGAAAGAGAGAACCUGGAACACCUUCAAAAAGAAGAGGAUUUGGACUUUAA